UUCUGUACACACACCUUGUCACACUCCCCUCCUAUUUGGACUUCAAACCCUCUCUCUUAGGAUGUUACAUGUAUUUACCUGCAUCUAAUAAGAGCUCUUCUCGGCUGGCAACUUCUUGUGUCUCACCGUUUCGUUAGGAACAGAACAAGAAAACCAGAGCAAAACAGGUGGUCAAAUCUCAGUCUACCUAUUCAGGGAUGGACGUGGGAAUGCUGGAGAUCCCGGCUGAUCUAUCAGUACGAUUGCGCAGUGCAGCAGGGCGUCCAAAAGGGUCAGGGGUCACAGAGGUAGCUCCACCCCAGGUCAGAGCUGAGCACUAUCUCUCCUUGCCUCCUGAUAUUGACAGCUAUCCAUUCUCCCGAUACGCCAACACAGUACUCAAGGAUGGAUGGUGCCAGGCUAAGGGUCAGUCCCUACAGAGACCCCUCACUCCACUGGAGCCAGGAGAUGCCCGCGUAGCUCUGGAAAUAUACAAACUGAUUCUACGCUUCUGUGGAGACUCAGAUAUGACUGGAUGGCAGGAGCAGAUGUUAGGAAAUUACAUAGUGGAGAAAGGCCAAAGCAGACCUGCACUCAGGGACGAGAUCCUGGCUCAGCUAGCCUUUCACACAUGGGGUCGUGAGGUUGAGGAGGGCUCACUGAGGGGCUGGUUUCUCCUGGCGUCCUGUCUAAGUGCCUUCACGCCGUCUCCAUCACAGGAUAAACCGCUGCUCAAGUUUGUGUCCGACCAGGGUCCGGGAGAAUAUCGCUCUCUGUGUCAGCAUAAGCUUCUCACAUCUCUCCAGCUGCCAUCUCCCGCCUGUAGACAACACCCCCCUAUACAGCUCGAAUGGACUGCCAAUCAAAGAAAAGGGAAGAUGGUUGUGGAGGUCAACACCUUUAAUGAGGAAAGGAUAACAGCAGAAGUGGAGUCCUGGACCACAGGAGAGCAACUGGCAUCCUGGCUCCUGAGCUAUAGAAAUGUGCCUGAGCUUCAGCGGGGCUGGUCUAUGUCUCUGCUCACUGAGGAGGGCUGGUCUGACCUAAACGGCUGUGACUAUGUGAUGGACCUGCUGGCUGGUACUGAGACUGAAGGUGCCUUGGGACAAACAUCUGCCCACUCAGAUUAUCUUUUCAGUGACAUAGAGGACAGGAUGAUUUCCACGGAUUUGGAUGACUUUAUCCCUCCAGCCCCCUCCAUGCAAGCUCCUGGCCUGCCUCCUUCUGAAGCUGCUCAGUGGGACACCUACGGUCAAUAUAACACAUCUCGGGGAUCCCGAGAACCUAAGAUGGAUUCCUAUGUGGAUGACCUUUUUGAUCCUGUGCUGGAUCAGGGACCUCCAGACUUUGAGCGAAUGGCCAUGCUGAACCGCAGGAUGAGGGGAGGAGGCGGGAUGCACCCUAGCAUGUAUAGCGGGGCAGGAGUUCCAAUGUCAGUGCCAGCUUAUAAUAUGGGAAUGCCCAUGAAUCCAGCUAUGCCAGCCUAUGCAGCCCCACAGAUGAUGCCAAACAUGAUGCCUGGAGUUCCUCAAGUGCCUAUGAUGCCAAGUAUGCCAUCUGUGGUGAUGCCAGGUGCAAUGGCACAAUCCACAAUGCCCACCAGCUCUUCAGCCAUCAACCCCCAGCAGCUGGCUGACCAGCAGCAAGCUUUUAUCAACCAGCAAGCUUUACUCAUGGCUCAGCAAAUGACAUUGCAAGCAAUGACACUGUCCCAACAACAACAGCAGGAGCAGCUGCAAAAACAGCAGAAAAAACAGCAGCAGCAGCAAAAGCAGCUGCAACAGCAGCAGCAGAAACAACAGCAGCAGCAACAGCAGCGUCCACAGGCUCAAAAUACACAGAAAACCACUCCACCGGAAGAGCCCACUCACGCCACAGCACCUAAACCCAACAAUGCCCCUGUGCAGCAUAACUUCCCAGUGGUAGAGCAAGUAUGUUUGCCUUCUGCAAUAGAAAACAACAAUGCACAAAAGCCAGAAUCCUUUCAGGAGAAGAGAGCCUUCUUCCAGAAGAUUGGAACUUCGGAAGCUCAGCCAAAACCCCCACCAAAGGUUGCUAAACCACUUAUCUAUGCCACCCCACCAUCUGUACCUGCCAAAGCUCCACCUCCAAUUAAGCCAGAAGAAGUGAAACCACCUCCACAACCCAGUAAACCACCAGAGUCACCAAAGGCAGAACAUGAAUCUCCCCCACUGUCACCUUCUAAACCAGAACCCAGCAGCAACAUUCGAGAGAUAAUCAGGCAGUACCAAAACCGACCUCCUCCAGAGCCGAAGGCCUUCGAACCUGUCAGGGUUCCUGCCAAGCACUUUGUGAAAAAGAGCGACCCUAAAGAGGAGGCACUGGCCAUUCUCAAAGCAAAAGGACCAGUCUCGCCACAGAAGAAACAAUGGGCUCCUCCUCCUCCGGCUCCUCCACCCCAAUCUAAUAAACCUGGCCCUCGCUCCAUCUCCAACAGCAUGAAACAGAAGCAGCGCUCUCUUGCUGAUCUCUUUGGCUCGCAGCGCUCUCAGGCUCCACCCACUCCUCCUCCAGAACCCGCCCCAAUUCUCUUAAAUAACAUCCCUGCUCCGCCCCCUAUGGCUGCCCCAGGACUAGAUCAGAAAAUGGCCAAUGAGGAGAGUGUUCACUCCCAGCUACACAAAUUUUCUGCGAGUGUCUACUUCUCCUACUCACGUAUGCCAGGGAAGAUUUUCUUAAGAAAAGAGUUGUUCUACCCCAGAGAGAAGUUCACUCACCCAUAUAUACUCAAUUUACUGUGUGAGCAGAUCAUGAGAGACACCUACUCGGAUGCCUGUUUGCGAAUUUCACGUGAAGAGCGGCGCAAAAUGAAAGAUUUGCUUGCACAAUUCCACGUCGGAACAAGCAUCAGUACUGUGCAGGAUGACGGCAUGAAGAAGAGGGUUGUCAUGGCAGCCAGAGACAACUGGGCAAAUUAUUUUACACGCCUCUUCCCUGUCAAUGGUCGAAAUGGAGGCGAUAAUCAGAUUCUUGGUGUUUCACAUCGUGGCAUCAAAAUACUGCGGAUAGUCAGGGCAUCAGGCAUCAACCCAAAACACCUCAAACUGCUCCGGAGUUACAGCUAUGCAGAAAUGUUGUCUGUGGAGCAGAAGGGUGCUGAGUCCGUUUUAAUCAGCCUGAAAAGUGACGAGCUGCAGCUAAACUCUCCAAAAGCCCCUCAGAUAACUCAAGUUGUGCGCCUCUUCCUCAAAGAGCUGACUAAGGAUUCAGAGUAUGUUAUUGCUCUAAAGAGCUAUGUGACAGAUGACAAGAGCCUGCUUAGUUUCCAGAGAGGUGAUGUCAUUAAACUACUGCAAAUGGAUGGCCUCCAGGAUGGAUGGAAGUUUGGCUCAACCGGAGGCAGAUCUGGUCUAUUCCCAGUAGACAUCACUCAACCUUCUGCACCUCCAGAUUACCACAGCAUGUCCAUUGUCCGACAGAUUGAGAGAAAAAAAAGCACGAGGACCUCUCGGACCUCUCAGACCUCUCGGACCUCUCGUUCCUCGGUGGUGGCCCCUGUCGAACACCCGGUCUAUAGCAGCACUGGUGUGGAGUCAGUGACCAGUGAGCGCAGUCUUGAUGUGGGGUCGUUACACAGCUCAGAGUUCGACACCCAACAGUACCACAUGAUUGAGUUUGCCAAGAAGUAUUUCAGAGAGGCUGUUCUGAGGCCAAAUGAAAGAGGCCAGCCCAAUGGAGUAAGAGGGCUUGAACAGAUGGUGCAAUACACAGCGGAGCCUAUCAAUGAGUCUCUAAUCCUGUAUGAAGACAACGAGCUCACCAAUCUGGGUGUUCAGUCUUUUAUACAUUUGAUGCAGUUCAUGACUGACCAGCCUUUAAAGAAAGACCAGACAGAAGGAAAGUGUGCCAAUUUUAUACUACAGCUUGGGAAAGAGAAGGAGUUCCUCCGGGAUGAGAUCUACUGCCAGAUCAUCAAACAGACCACCAACAAUCCACACAAGGAGAGCUGUGCACUUGGCUGGCUUCUGCUUAACCUGAUCGCUGGCUUCUUCCCCUGUUCCUCUACAUUGUUGCCGUAUGUGUUACGCCAUCUAAAGAGCUGCAAUCAGGACUCCAACCAUCCUUUCCGAGAGAAGUCUCAUGUGUGUGAGAAUAAUCUCAAACAUUCACUCACCUAUGGAGGACGCAGAUAUGUUCCUUCUCCAGUGGAGAUGGAAGCCAUUUUGGCAGGUCGGACCACCCGGCGGUUGCCAAUCCUGCUCCCGGGUGAAGUAGAGUUUCCAUGCAAAGUUCGCAGCUUCAGUGUGGCGAAUGAGGUUGUGAAAGACAUUUGCACAGAGAUGGGUGUGAGUAAUCCAGCUGAGGUGAACGAAUUUUCCAUCCUUGCCACCCGUGGACAGGAUGCACAGGUGCGUCCCAUCCACCCAGAUGAGUACGUGUUCGACUUCCUGCUGGAUGAUGGCUCAAUCUCCCUCUCGUUCCAUCGUCUCAUCUGGAAAUAUCCUCUGCAUUUUGAGAACGACCUCUAUGUCGAGUUUCAUUACCAUCUGAUCCAGUGUGAUUAUCUGAGUGGGAAAUUCCUCCUGUCUGGCAGCAGCUCUACGCUUCAGCAGCAGGUGGCGGAGUUGGCUGCGCUUCAGCACCUCGCUCUGGGAUUCAAACAACCACCUACACAGCAAGAGCUAAAGCAGUAUUUUCCUCAUAUGGAUGGAAUCAGUGCCAGUGACCAAAAUCUGCAGAGUGCCACACUGAGACAGUUUUCCCUCAUUACAAACGUCACGCCUGCUGAGGCUAAAACACGCUUCAUCAAAACUCUCAGUUCACUGCAUCUCUUCGGUUCAAACGUAUUCAUUGCUCAGAAAGUCAGCCACAAAGACUGUCCGUCACCCUGUGUGGUGGCAAUCAAUCAUGAAAGGAUCAACAUCCUUCACCCUCAGAAACAGGUGCCAGCCUUAACAAUUCCGAUGGAUGAGCUCCAGUCCUUGCGCUCUGUCAAACCUAAGAAGGAAAAAAUGCCAGCAAUAGAGAUCAAAUUUGGCAACCCAUCUUGUGUUAACACCAUCAUUAUUUAUCUGAAGCAGGCGAGGGAGCUUUGCCACAUCAUUGCUAUAAUCAUGGAGGGAAUAAGACCUACCAGGAGCCACACAUGAACAUUUUAUUGAGCGCUACAUCUCUCUACUCACCAUCAAGCAGCUCCAUGCUCGGAUGAAUGCCGAUGAAUAAUUUGGGAAGUUAUUACUAUUGUUUAUUUUUACAAACGAUUGUGAGACUUUGCAGAACAGUUCAUUUCUCUAUGCAUAUAACAGUCUAACCAUCUUCCUUCUUUUAUAUUUUGAUUUAUUCCUUUAAUCCGAAUAAUGCAAUUAACAGCUUUAAAAAAUUUUUUUAAACAUACAGAAUUCUGAAAUUGUACUAGACUCAAAAAUGUUUUAUAGAAAUUCAUGUUUAUUUUUAAUUAUUUUUCUUUGUUUCACAAAAUAAAAAUAAGGGCAAAUGUAUAAGUCAUGUUAUACAUUUUAGAAUUAUCAGA